ACUCAUGUGCCGAUUUUAGUUAGGCAAAAUGAUGACCAUUUUUCCUUUGUUACUGAAAGGGAAAAACCUGAGGGAACUGACCAGCUUGGCUUAAGGGAUGUCUUUUGAAGACGUUCUGCAAGUUGCUGUAGUUUGAUCGAAAUUCCUCCGAGUAAAGGGUUCUCCAAUGACUGUUCCAUAACUCUCGUCAGAACCCUUCUCAGACACAAACCUUGGUUAUUUCGAACAUUAAGGGAGGGUAGAGAGAAACAAUUUAAACAUAAUCUAAACCACAAUCUGUUGUUAUUGAUAUGAUUUGUCAUCAAGGACGUCUCAAAAUCAGCAGCAGGUGUUUCUUUUGUUGUUGGGAAAGUCACGCUUCUUGUGACAAAUCUUUGGGAAAGAUGCAAAUUUCUUAACAUUGUCACGGUCUGUAGGAUUAAUAGAUCACUGCGUCCAGCGUAGGUUUCGGUUAUUGGUUUGCUUCGUUGCAAACGUGCGUAUUCCUUCACAACUUCGUUGUGCGAGUUCUUUCUUUAAGUAUGCGGGUGAGACAGCGGUAUCAGCUGAGAACAUGCAGCAGUAGGGCUUAAUGCUAUAAGACCAAUCUGCUAUCAAUCUGAGAGACGAAAGAGUUGAAGAUGUUGCCAAGGCCUCGAAUUAAAACUAGGGAAGACAUUAGGGAGAAGAUAGCGUCAACCAGGAAGAAGCUUGGGAUUGAGACCGAAACAAGCAUAGGAAAAGAACAGAAAGGGCCUGUGGGAAAAGAAGGAGAUGUUAUGACGAAAAGUCAGCACAUAGAGACGCUCUUUCGAAUGAUCGCCUCAGAUAUCAAAGAUCAGCUCAGGAAGAAGCUAAAGAAGAUGACUCAGUUACAGGAAGGUGUUGGAAACAUGAGCCUAGAAAGUUGGCCAAAAGAAUCAACCGAACAAACACUAGGGAAAACAACAGAGCUUCAAAAGGAAGAUGGAGUUCGACUACAUAUCAAAUUUGAUUACCUCUCAAUACCUGGUCUACAAAGAGGUAAAGAAGAAACAACCCUUGAAGAAGGCAAAUCUAUCCCAGAGAAGGCCCACAGCUUAAAGGAGGACGUGAGAAAUCUUAAGAACUUUCAAGGAAGGAUGAAAGACCAAGUAGCUGGCCUCUCAAAAAUGACUGAAGAGCCUGACUUUCGGAGAGACGAAAAAGCUUAUGGAAGGCCUACAUCUCGAAGGGAGGACACAAAUUUAAAAGUUUAUGUCGAAAAGAUAAUUGAAUACUCUGAAUUCCGCAGGAUGCACGAAGGGUCUGACGUUGAACCUGGGAUUACCCCAGUACAAGGAGUUCGGAAUUUUAUCGUCGACGAUUUUUUCGAAUUUGAAGAAAGAGAAUUUCGUCUGGGACGUAUGCGGAAUUUUUGGAAAUCUUCAGAAUUUGACGCUCAGAGUGGGAGCUUGAUAAUCGUCGUGUUCUGCAAAUCAUUAGAAAUACUUGACGCUCUGUGGGAUGAAUAUCGCAUUGGCUUCUUAGAUAUAAUGGCACGAGAAUAUAUUGAAACAAAAGAAAUUAUCGAGGAACUUGGGUUAAAAGACUUGGGAGUUCUGACAAGUAUCUCGGGAGAGGAGUACAGAGCUUGUAGGGAAUAUUUCUUGCAUGAUCCUGAACAAUCGAGGAGUUCUGGCCAAACUCCAGUUUCUCACGGAGCUUUUAAACCUGAGUCAGGAUCAACAGACAUCACGAAGUGUGGAUCACAGGUCAGGACAGACAGCGAGCUAGACGACUCACAGCAGCGAGAGGAGAUGGAAAUAGGUUCUAGUGCCCUGUUAGAAAGCGUAAUGGAGUCUACUUCAAACGAAUCUGAGAGUUGUUUAAUAGACGAAACUGGAGCCUUAUGGCUGCUUCACGAUAUUCACGCCGCCGCUUGUCUAACAUUUCCGCAAAGUUCUGUGUCGAAAUCUGUGUCCUUCAUAUGCACUUUGAUGGAGUCAACAGAGAACUUUCCGCCUCUGGUAGAGGAUGAGACAUUAGUGAGCAGUGUAUUGCAGCUAUCUUACAAAGAUUCGUAUGGUUCCAGUUUUAAGGGAGAUUUUGGCGAACAAGUGUCAGUGGCCAUAUCACACUGUGCAACUAAACUUAGAGGAUAUGAAGUAAAGAUCAGAGAAUUAAUUAAUCCAGAAAACAAUGAAUGGAGAGAUUUAGAAACAACGAACGUAUGGCAAGCAUCCGAUGUACCAAACGCUCAGGGGGAUUCCUCACAGCUAAGGGUCCCCUAUGCUCAGGCCAAAGUGACAUGCUGUUCCACUUAUGCCGUCAUUUGCCGACUCAGGUCCUAUACUUUUUCUACUAACACGUUAAAAAAUUGCGAGUUAAUUUGUACGAUUCCAGAGUACCCCGAUGUCAGUGUAACAAUUCCGCCUCAGAGUGUGGACUUCUUUCAAUUAAUUAUGAAGGUUCAAGAAGUCCCACAACAGUGGUAUCACGAUAGUGAUAUGGUAGCUGGACCUGUACUUCACGUCACAUGCCCCGAGUUUGUUCAACUGUUUGAACCAGCGUCGAUAACCCUCCCUAUCUCCCUCGAAGCACAUGAGAAUCAAUUCGCAGAAAUUUCGUCAUGUGAUGUAAUGGUGUUCUCGGAUUGCGAAAAUGAGAUGUCAGAGUGGCAAGAGAUUACGGAGGAGCUGCUAAAGCCAGUGGAACUUGUGAAUGGGGUGGUUCAAUUCCAAGUUGCACAUUUCAGUCGGAAGUGGAUAUUGCUGAAAAAAAAGCGUUUACAAAAGCGGAGAUUUUCUCCUCGUUUUCCUGGAAGGACGGCCCUAGAAGCAGGAUUUUUUGCAUGUUUGUGCAAAUCUGAUAACUUGUCCUCUGAGAACCCCCAGUUGCGAUUUUGUUGCUACCCAGUUCAUCUGAAGGAUUCAGUCAAAGAAAUGACAUGUUCUAAAUAUGAUGUCCUCCGUUAUGGCAAUGGAGAUUCUAUCGAACCAUUAUGUGAUGGCGACCUCAUAAAUGUUUUACCUUGCAAGGGCCUUAAAGCCCGUGGAGUUACAUCAGAAGAUCUCUUAAUGCUGAGGUUUCGUACCAAGAAGGAAUUUGAAAGGGAUGUCAUCGUGCGAGACUUAUGUAAACGUGCACCCCAAGUAGAGUUCCUGCGUCAUGAUAAAGAUAAACGUCUGUGUUUACUGUCGAUGGUACCACCUCCUCAAGACCGGGGGAGACAACAGCAACAAGAUGCGACAGAUGUUCCAGAAAGUUCAGUGUGCAAGAGAAAGUCGUCAUUUGUUACUUGGGCUACCAAGCGACUGAAAGUGAAUGACGAUGGAGUAAAAGAGGGCUGUCCCUCUUUAGAGGAAUUGCUUGACCUCUCACAAAAGCUUGACAAGUGGAAACCACUUGGGCGUCACCUAUUGGACAUGGAUGAGUCUACAAUAACACAGAUCCAUAAGGAUAAUGAGGAACUAGAGGAAAAGGCUUAUCAAAUGUUGCGACAUUGGAAACAGAAAAAACACAAAAAGGCAACUUAUCAAGCUUUAUUUUCGGCUUUGUGCAGGAUAGAUCGGGAGGAUCUGGCCGAGGAAUUUUGUCGAGCAGGAACAAGUACCUUUUAACAUACUUCGUUGCAAUUUAUAUUCUGGUGAUACGUAUUUCAUACACACCCAUAUUUAAGUCAAACGCCUACUUGUGUUUCCCCCUUUUUAGAAACUAUGCUAUUAUUAGAUUCAGUGCGUCACGGGUUCCAUGGCCGGAUGUCUUCUUUCACAUACUACACUCCUUUUUAAUCAUUAAUCCCGUUCGUGCACGGGCGGACUAAUUGUCCCAAUGUUAUGGCUACCAUGGCCUUCGUAUCUACCAAGUUUUUCCUAAAUGCUUUAGCCUUUCUUUCCCUAGUGGUUCGUUUUAGUCAGAUAGUUUGCUUUAAGCAUGUUCGCCUUAUUCUUCUUCAUUACUCUACUUUUUCAAAUACCUUUGUAAGACUUAAAAGAGAAAUGUGACCAUUUGUUUCACGAUGUAGUCACUUGGGAUGAUCGUAAGACAAACGAUUACAUUUCUCAUUUAAGUAUUAUUGACCACGAUGAACAACCACAAUUUAUUUUACAAAAUAUAACUUUGUGAUACUUGCAAGAGUUCUGACGUCCAUGAAACAAUCUUCAACCUCUCUCUCUCUCUCAGAAGGAAAAAGCCCAGGAAAUAUCUGAUGGUGUGUAAACUUCAGUUGAUCAGGGAGGUGAAGCGAAUACAAAACUUAGAAAAAAGAAACCUCAACACUUCUCGUACUACAUCAUAGGAGUGUCUCACGGAGGACCAUUCAAUAAAAAUCCAUUUACAUGA